UCCGAGAGAUGGGAGUUCGCAAAUGAAGGUUUCUUGAGAGGCCAAAAGCAUCUCCUUAGAACUAUUAAGAGAAGAAAACCACCAACCACUGACUCUUUGCCUUCCGAACAAGAACCCAGUGCUUGUAUCGAAAUUAGUCGUUUUGGACUCGAUGUCGAACUCGACCGUUUGAAACGGGACAAGCAAGUGGUGCUGAUGGAACUAGUUAAGCUAAGGCGUAAGCAGCAAAAUACAAGAGCUUACAUACAAGCAAUGGAACAAAAGCUGCAAGGGACAGAGAUGAAAGAACGACAGAUGAUGAAAUUCUUAGCAAGAGCAAUGCAGAAUCCAGACUUCAUUCACCAAUUAAUCCAGCAGAAAAAGAAAAGGGACAUUGAAGAAGCUGCAACAAAGAAGAGGAGAAGGCCUAUUGACCAAGGACCAAGCAGCUCCAGAAGUAGUGAAGAAGAAAGAAUCUCAAACAUUAAGAUUGAGCCUAUAGAAUUUUGUGGAUAUGAAGUAUUUGAACUUGAAGCACUUGCUUUGGAAAUGCAAGGAUUAAGGAAGGCAGUUAAGAAAGAAACAGAAGUAAAGGAAGAGAUGCAACAGGCUUCAGAGAGUGGAGGUACAGAGUUGGAUGAGGGAUUUUGGGAAAGUUUUUCAGUGGAAGAAUAAAAGAAGAAGACGAAAACGACGACAUGGUGGAAGCCUUAAGCGAUCGCUUCGGCUAUUUAGGUUCAAUCCCCUAAAGUAAGGUAGCUGGAAAACACAAAUCUGACAUAGCCAUUUUUGCACUUUGGUUCACUUCGGAUCUCCAUUUCUUCUAGGCAAAUUUAGGUGGAGAAGGACAAUGGUAGCCACAAGAUGAAUGUAAAAUGAAGGUGUGUUUCUCAUUGAAAAGCCAUUACCACGAUAUAUUUUUUUGUGACUUUUGUAGGAAUAAAAAGAAGAGUAAUUUGUGGCCAGAAAUUGAGGAAAGUUGCAGCAGAAGAAGCCAAAAUGGAAGGGGACCCAAGUUGGUUUUUUUCUCUUUAAGCAGUUGGUAGUUAAAAAGUGUGGGUCGGUCUGAUUCUUUGUUUGUUUUUGUGUUGUCCAUUUGUGAGAGUUGCUUUGGAAUGGUCGGUGUUGAGCUUGA